AUGGUUCUGAUGUCUUCAACACUGGACCUGAAGCUUCCUGCCAUAGAGUACCUCAUUGCAGCGGUCCAAGGGUUGUAUGAAAGGAAUAAGCUCGACAUCGUGACUGGAAUCUAUCAAGAAGCAUGGGGGAUUCGUCGACUAAGCCAGUUGGCCAAGUCUCGGCUCUACAAGAAGUCUGCGCCCAAGGACCCAAUCCAUGUGGAGCUGCUCAGUCUUCUCAUGGCCUGCUCGCCGGAGGUCCCUCUGCCACUGCAAAGCAGUUGGCUGCCAGUCUUGGUCGAGGAGCUCCUGCUCGCGAAGCGAUUCGAAUGGCCCGCAGCGUUGUUGCUGAUUUUGGAGCAUGCUGCUCAUAAAGAGUUCAAAGCGCUGUCUUUGGAUGUGCCGAUCAGCUACGUGCAGCUCGGGGAAGACUUGGACUACCCGCUCCUCAAGCCUACAGAUUUUGUGAGGUACAUCGCCCGUUUCACCUUUUGGGAGAAAUUGUUUGGAGCAGAAUCUCUAUGCACUGGGGAGAAGCUACUCAUGAGUUUUUGGAACAAAUACCAGACCCUUCAUCCCUCUUUCGAACUCUUUCAUUUGACCUCUCCUUUGCCAGUUCAUCGAUGCGUUCCUGUGAUGGUUCACGGGGACGAAGGCCAACACUUCAAGAAAGGAGCUGUUAUGGUGCUACAGUGGCAGGGGGUAUUGGGGCUAGGGACGACGGCCAACCAGCCAAAAGGAAACUGCAUGGAGGAAGCCAAGUACAUUAAUCAGCGUCGCGUGACAUUGUCCACGCGGUUCCUCUGCUCUGUGAUGCCGAAGGACUUCUACGCUACAGAUGUGAAGAAGUUGGAAGCGCUGUUCGAAAGCAUCUGCUUGGACUUGCGCGAGGCCUACCUGGAAGGGAGCGAUUGGCCGGCAUACAUGGAGACAGUUGAUGAGGAACUUCCUUGGCUCCCAGGUGACGAGUCGUCGUUUACUAGACUUCUGCCCCAAGAUGGGAACUCGCUGGCAGGAUAUUACAAACCUGAUAUAUGGCAUAUCGUCCAGCUUGGCGUGGCCAAAUCUUGGGUUGCAUCUUGCUUUGUCCUUAUCUUGCCUUUUUUGGGAGGGAACUCUAUUCCAGAGCGGCUACAGGCGUUAUCUGCAGCAUAUGGAUUUUUCUGCUCCAGUUCUGUGCCCAAGAAAACCAAAUUCAUCACCAAGGGCAUUACGAAGGAGCUGUUGGGCUGGCCAAGUUCGAGCGCAUGCCCUGAAGGUCAUUGGAACAAAGGUGCUUUGACAACAACUUUCUUGGAGUUCCUGGAAGACUUUACAUCACGACGUUUCUUCGAGCAAAACGAGGAUGAAGUUUUGCGCCUGAUCGCAAGCGGAACAAGAGCCCUGAAUGUCUUCAUGAAGGGAUUGUAUGCUGGGGACCUGUUCUUAACGGGCAAUGCCAGAGUCAUUGUGAUUGACGCUGGCAACCAUUUCCUCAAAGCGUCGGGGCGGCUGGCUUUUCUGACCUUCUCUAAUGGGGAGGAUCGCUUCCCCGUUACUCCCAAGCACCAUAUGAUGUUUCACCUGUGCAAGCUGAUGCAGUGGCAGUCUGAUGUUCAUGGCUACUGUAUGAAUGUCUUGGUAGAUGCCUGCUACCAGGACGAGGACUUCGUGGGGAGGCUGGCCCGGUUAUGCCGGGCCGUCUCCCCACGAGCUACUGCAAUUAGGACGAUCCAACGGUACCUCUUGCAAACGAGGGCGGUGUGGUUCAAAACUGACCCAGACUGA